AUGGGCUCUCUCUCGGAUCAUAACGGUCUUCAGACCAUCGACAUCUCUGACUAUCUCCAUAGCAAUGACCCCGUUUCCCGCAAGGCCAAAGCAGACGAACUGGUCAAGGCGAUCCACGGGCAAGGAGCCUGCGGGAUCGUUGGCCACAACAUCCACAUUGACACCUGGCGCGAGGCGCUACAACGGUCCAAGGAGUUCUUUGAUCUGCCGCUGGAGGAAAAGAGAAAGGUUGACCAUCCGCAUGGCACAGUGCCGCAUCGCGGAUACACUGGCGUGGGCAGGGAAAGGAUCUACAGCAAGGAUGAACUGGAAGCCAUGGCAGACGAUCCGGGCGUCAGGACAGACAAAGCUCUGGACUGGAAGGAGCACUACGACAUUGGAAGCGACCAGGAACCUAUCCACCAUAAUCGUUGGGUCGACGAAAAAGCUCUCCCCGGAUUCCGGGCAUUCAUGACGGAUUUCCUCCAGAAGUUGGAGCAGCUGCACCGAGCCGUCCUGGACGCUCUGCUCUUGGGACUGGAAGUAGAACCCAGCGAGGCCGACUACUUCCGCUCUCUUCACGCCGGCCCCCAGAGCGGAUUCCGACUACUGCACUAUCCAUCACUCCUCGAGUCGACCAUCGAUCGUCAGGCGACCACCUGGUGUCCCCCGCACACUGACUUUACGACCUUCACAUUUCUCAUCCAAGAUCAGAACCAGGGACUGGAGAUCGAAGACCGAAGCCAGCCCGGGACGUUCAUUCCGGCCACGACCGAGAUUCGAGACCGCAUCUGGUUUACCAUGGGGGACUUUGGAGAAGUAUGGAGUAAUGGCUACCUGCCUGCGUCCAAACAUCGAGUGAUGAUCCCUUCCCCACCGCCAGGCUUGAGUACGACUACGGAAAGAUUCUCGAUCCCGUAUUUUGUAAAUCCAAGAAGCGACGUCGUAUACGACGGGUUCUGGUUCAUUUGUGUCAAUGUAGACGAGGCCGAGAAACAAAACGGACCGAGAGGAUCAAUGCUUGGGGAACUCUAA